CGUCGGCCGGAAGUAAACAAUCACAGCGCUAGCAGCGUUAGCUCUGGCCUCCGAAUGUGGUCGUAACAAGCGGGGGGACGGCUCUGCAAUUUUGUAUAUAAUAUUUAACUAAGCAGCGAUGUCUUCCCUUCGGUAUUUGAGGAACUUAAUCAGCGAGCGACUAACUGCUGCCGCCGAGGAAAUAUUCAGAGCCUUUGAGCAAACAAUCGUCGAGUACGAGGAGGAGGUGGAUCGUCAGCGCAGACUGUUGCAGAAUUUUGGGAAACGUAGGGAAAAGUUACAUCGGAUAGAGCUCCCACAGCAGAAUGUCUAUAAUGCGGAGGGGGUUCUCACUGACAGUAACCAUGAGAGGAACUUCAGUCUAGACCAGGAGGAAUCAGAGUCUCCACAGACUAAAGAGGACCAGGAGGAAAUCUGCACCAGUCUGGAGGGAGAAAAAAACAUUUUUGAGUAUGAGGUGGAUCAUCAGGGCAGACUGGUGGAAAUCCUUUGGAAACCCAAAGAAAAGUUACAGCGGAGAGAGUUUCCACAGCAGCACGUCUACAAUGAGGAGGAGGUGGUUCUGACUGAGCAGCAGCUCUGUAAACAGGAGAGGAACUCCAGUCUGGACCAAGAGGAAUCAGAGUCUCUACAGAUUAAAGAGGAAGAGGAGGAAAUCUGUAUCAGUCAGGAGCAGCUUGAACUGAAGCCAGAGGCUGAUACCUUUAUGUUGACUCCUAAUAAUGAAGAAAGUGCCCACAUGGAACCAGACAGUGACCACCAGCUCCUUUCUCCGGUAUCUGAGAGUUCAGAUCAGACAGGAAGCAAACAAUCGGUAUCGACUAGAAAUGUAGAGUCAAAGCCACAUAAGAGACAUUACAAAAAGGGAAGUUACAGCUCUCACACAUCAAAGUACAAGUCUAAAACCCAAACAUAUAAAAACUCUUUUAAAUGUGUCACGUGUGGAAAGAAAUUUGGAUCUAAUUAUCAAUUAAGUUUACAUCUGAGAGUCCACACUGGAGAGAAACCGUUCCCUUGCAAUACAUGUUCCAAGUGUUUUAGAACCAAACCUGAAAUGUUGAGUCACAUGAGAACUCACACGGGCGAGAAGCCGUACUCGUGCAAAACUUGCGGAAAGUGUUUUCGACACAGGCCAAGUUUGAUGAACCACAAAAGAACUCACACGGGUGAGAAGCCCUACAUUUGCAGCGUAUGCAAGAGCUGCUUUGCACGUAAAGAUUACUUGAUGAAGCACAUGGGGAUUCACACGGGUGAAAAGCCCCAUAUUUGCAACAUCUGUCAGAAAUGCUAUCGGCAAAAAUCUGACUUGACGGUCCACAUGAGAACUCACACGGGCGAGAAGCCGUACCACUGUAGCACCUGUGGAAACUCUUUUCGGGAUGGGUCAUAUUUUAAAAAGCAUUUGCGGAUCCAUUUUACAAUUCCGGAAAAGGUUUAAUUUUGUGACACAGUUGAGGCAAAAAACGUCUGCAUUGUUUGUGUUGAUCAUCAGCUAUGCCUUUUUAGUUUUAUUCAACUAGUCCGUUUUUGUUUUGUCCUUCAGGUCUUUGCACACCGGACACAUUGCGACAAUACAGGAAGAAGGUGUGGAUAAUUAAUUAUGAGACGUUGAGUCAUCAUUGUGAAAUCCUAUUUCAUAAUUUGAGAUAAUAUAUCUCUGAGUCGUAAUUAUGAUAACCUCAAAUAAAUUUGAGACUGUAGCUCAUUAUUAUGACUUUAGCAUCUUAUAAUAAAUGAGUUACUGUCUCAAAAUGAUGACUUUAAAAACCUUAAACUUCCCAGUCACAACGGUAGUCGGAAAUACAUAAGAUGAACAAUGUCUGUGCAUAUGUAUUUAAGUUCUUUGUCUUUCUUUCUUUUACAUUGUAUUGUCCAUUUUGACUAUUUAUUAUAUAAUAAUUUAAUUUACCUUAAUGUUAAUGACCCUGAUACUUAUUUAAUCUUCUUGUCCGUCACCAAAACAAGAAAGCAAAACCCUUGUUAUGUUUUGCAACUUAUUAGUGUACCUUUUACUCUGGUAGGUUUUUUUAUGUGUUUUAGAAAUCAAGUCGACUUUACAUCGGAAGGAGGCAGUAACGCACUAAUAUGGGCUGCAA